AACCCCCAUCCCCAAAAAUUGAAUGAUUCAAAUUCUCUUCAUGAACAUCAUAAUCUCACCCUUCUCUUCAGACCAAGACGCCGUUGCGUUUCUGUAAUCUCAUCGUCGCAGGAGGCAUGUUCAUCUUGUUCCCUGUUCCCCUACCACUGCCUCUUCUUUCUUACGCUUCUCAAUCCCCUCGUCAUACCCAAUAGAAAGCCGUUGACUUUCUCAGCGAUUCGACGACCCAUCUGAAAGAUAGAAAGAGAGGUGAAGGGAUUUUAGAAGAACUGAAAUGGACCACGCUGUUCUUGAUGAUAUUAUCAAUCGGCUUUUAGAGGCCCGAGGGCGAGCUGGGAAGCUGGUUCAGCUAUCGGACUCGGAGAUCCGGCAACUCUGCAUGAUUUCUAGAGAGAUCUUCUUGCAGCAGCCUAAUUUAUUGGAGCUUGAAGCACCCAUCAAGAUUUGUGGUGACAUCCAUGGUCAAUAUUCUGAUCUUUUGAGGCUGUUUGAGUAUGGUGGCCUGCCUCCUAAAGCAAACUAUUUAUUUUUGGGGGAUUAUGUUGACAGAGGCAAGCAAAGUCUGGAAACAAUAUGCCUUCUCCUUGCAUAUAAGAUCAAAUACCCAGAAAAUUUUUUCCUCUUGAGGGGAAACCAUGAAUGUGCUUCUAUAAAUCGCAUAUAUGGUUUCUAUGAUGAAUGUAAGAGAAGAUUUAAUGCGAGGCUAUGGAAGGCUUUCAUAGACUGUUUUAACUGCCUCCCAGUGGCAGCACUAAUUGAUGAAAAGAUUCUCUGCAUGCAUGGGGGCCUUUCUCCCGACCUACAGCAUUUGGAUCAGAUUAGAAAUUUACAACGACCAACUGAUGUACCUGAUACAGGUUUGCUCUGUGAUCUUCUUUGGUCAGAUCCCAGCAAGGAUAUUCAAGAUUGGGGAGUGAAUGACAGGGGAGUUUCAUAUACUUUUGGUCCUGACAAGGUGACAGAAUUUCUUAAGAAGCAUGAUCUGGAUCUCAUUUGCCGUGCUCACCAGGUUUAACUUGUCCUAUUACUCACUUCAGUUUUCACAUCUUGCUCUGAGUUCAUAUCCUCUACUGCCAGUAAGGGCUGUAGAGACUAGAGAGCAUAUGAUGAGGAGCCAAAUAAUAUCCCCUCUCUGGAUUUGUUGGUUUUUUGGGAACCAUAGCAAUUUUAGUCUAUUGGCAGUUACUUUCCAUGAGUCAUGCUUCUCCUCUGUGUUAAAGCAACUUUGCUCUUUAUGGAUUUUGAUCCUGUUGGUACAUUCUGUAUAUUACUUUAGGUUAACCAAGAAGUCUAUAAUCCAUUACCAGUCUUAGCACCCAAAUCAGUAACUAUUAAUUCUUUGGUGCAUAACUUGCAGGUUGUGGAGGAUGGUUAUGAGUUUUUUGCCGACCGUCAACUUGUAACUAUAUUUUCAGCACCCAAUUAUUGUGGAGAGUUUGACAAUGCUGGUGCCAUGAUGAGUGUGGAUGAAACUUUGAUGUGCUCCUUUCAAAUUCUGAAACCUGCUGAUAAGAAGCCAAAAUUUAAUUUUGGGAGCACAACUACAGCUAAGCCUGGAAACACCCCUGCAGGUGUCAAGUCAUUCCUUGGUACCAAGGUAUGAGAACAGUGGGAGUCCUGAACCUGUGGGGAUGAUCAGUAAAGGAAUCUCAAGGUUAUUUUACUUCACUAUAAUAUUUGUCAAAUUGUAAAAAUUGGACGGGGAAAAUCAUUAGAAUCUAACGCUAAAGAGGAUGCUCCUUUGAUAUAAAGUUGGUUUAAGGAUAGAAGGCUGUAAUUAUCAUCUCGUCCUCCCUGUACAAUAAUAGCUGCAAGUCUUGCUGCUAUGAAAUGUUAAGAGUGUUUGGGAUUAGAGUUUCACUCACUCUGCUUUGAGAGUCUAGACUAUGAAAGGUAUCUCUGUGAAUGGCCUAUUCUUGAUGAUUCAGGGGCAGCAAAACCUAGCUAGUUCAUGGUUUUCCCAUGCUUCAUAUUUUAUAAAAUAUGAUUAUUAAAGAUGUUUGAUUUUAUAACAUGUUAGGAAGUAAUUCCUAGAGGCAACCGUGUAUAGAAUUUUCUUCGAAGUUGCCAUUUGUAUAAUGGUAAUAGGAAAAUAUUAUAUGAUUCAAGGACCAAAGGCUUGGUUGCAGCCUUCUGGGGAAAAGAUGCUGCCCCCAGAAAGUGCUUCAUCUGCCUCAGGAUUGUGUUGUUGGGAGUAUUAGUCAUCUUUCCCAACUUUUUCUAGUUUAUCUUUAGGGGGUUUUCGCCCCAGCAGCACAAUUCUG